CUGGCUAAGUCACUUAGCCGUUCAAGUUGGGCUUGAGCUGUCCAUCUUCCUGCCUCAGCCUCCCAGAGUGCUGGGAUGACAGAUGUGCAGCAGGCACUCGGCUGCUCAAGGCCGCCAAACACGUAAACAGAUGGUCGCCUGACCUCCUGCCCUGCCCUGAGCCAGCCCGGUUCCCAACUGGACCCCAGCAAGUCCCUCACGCCGGGCCAGACACCGGGGCUGACCCGCCGGGCGCCUCCCGCCUCUGCCCUUUGCCCUCUGAUGUGGAGGCUGCACUGCGCACGGCUGGAUGGAGCCGGGGCCCCUUCCGGCCCAGGCACUCAGCUGCUCAAGGCCACUGCAGUCCUGGACACGUAAACAGGAAGACACCUGGCCUCCUGCCCUGCCCUGAUGGUACUUAAGGUCUGGAGGAGGAGACCGUGCAGGCAGUGAGCAGGCACCGGCCCCCGUGCUGUCCAUGGAUUUUGUGGCUGGAGCCAUCGGAGGCGUCUGCGGCGUGGCUGUGGGCUACCCCCUGGACACAGUGAAGGUCAGGAUCCAGACGGAGCCCAAGUACACAGGCCUCUGGCACUGCGUCCGGGACACGUACCGCCGGGAGCGGGUGUGGGGCUUCUACCGCGGCCUCUCGCUGCCGGUGUGCACCGUGUCGCUGGUCUCCUCCUUGUCCUUCGGCACCUACCGCCACUGCCUGGCGCACAUCUGCCGCUUCCGGUACGGCAGCGCGGACGCCAAGCCUGCCAGGGUGGACAUCACGCUGUCGGGAUGCGCCUCCGGCCUUGUCCGUGUACUCCUGACCUCGCCCACUGAGGUGGCCAAGGUGCGCCUGCAGACGCAGACGCAGACGCAGACGCAGACGCAGAGCCCCUCUGCCUCGGGGCCCGCGGCCGCCCCGCCUGCCUGUCCUGUGCCCGCUGCGCGUCCCGAGCCCGGGCCCAAGUACCGCGGGCCGCUGCACUGCCUGGCCACGGUGGCCCGAGAGGAGGGGCUCCGGGGCCUCUACAGGGGCAGCCCCGCCCUGCUCUUGCGGGAGGGGCACUCCUUUGCCACCUACUUCCUCUCCUACGCCAUCCUCUGCGAGCGGCUCUCGCCCGCCGGCCACAGCCAGCCAGACGUGGCGGGCGUGCUGGUGGCCGGCGGCUGCGCGGGGGUCCUGGCCUGGGCGGUGGCCACCCCCAUGGAUGUGAUCAAGUCACGCCUGCAGGCGGACGGGCAGGGCCUGCGGCGCUACCGGGGCCUCCUGCACUGCGUGGUGAGCAGCGUGCGCGAGGAGGGCCCGAGGGUGCUGUUCAAGGGGCUGGCGCUCAACUGCUGCCGCGCCUUCCCGGUCAACAUGGUGGUCUUCGUGGCCUACGAGGCCGUGCUGCGGCUCACGCGCGGCCUGCUCACGUAGCGCCGCCCCCAGCGGCUUCCGCAGGUCGCAGCAGCCGAGGAGGCCGGGGGCGGGGGCGCCCAAGGGCCUCGCCCUGAGCAGCCGGGCGCUUGGCCAGGCUCCAACCGCAGGAAGUCAAGGGGCUGCCCGCCUUCGCCAGGGCGGCCUCAGGGUCAAGUGGCCUCUUGGAGGAGGGUGUGUCACGUGGAGCUGCCUGUCGCUCGGCCACGUUUAUCCCUGCUGCCCACCAACUCUGCCCCUUGACCCACGCACAGCCUCUGUGCCCUCCAAGGCCGUGCCCAUGAGGCAGCCCUGCUGCUGCCUCUGCCAGUCUGGGGACCGAGGGGUGGCGAGGCCUCGCUCUGGCUCCAGGCUGGCUUGCGCCCUGCCUGCCUCAGGCUGCCCCACGAGGGUCGUGUCCCGGGACAGGCCGACAUCCUGGCCUGGAACGCGUAUCACCCUGCUGCAUGUACAGCACCCGCAGGGCCAGCCAGGCCGUGGUCAAUAAAGCGUUUCCCAGGA